AUUUAUAAGUUUAUUAUAAGUAUAUUUUAUCCAAUUACAUUUUUGAUACUUAAGUAUAUUUAAAACCAAAUACUUUUAGACUAUCGCUCUAGUAUUUUACUGGGUGACUAACUUGAGUAAAAGAAAAUAUACCUUAAUAGAAAAUGACUCAGUCAUGUAUGACAAUUGGGUACUUUUUCCACCACUGCACUGGUUCUGUGUAUAAGCCAUUUAGCAAUAACUUUUACCCAAAGCGACUUAGCUACGAUUAUGCUUGCUUCGUCCCGCAAAGUAUCGUUCCUAGAGAUACUGAAUAUGCCGCUGUUAAGUGGAAACGUUAUUUUCGUUUUGAGUUGGUUGAUCAAGGACGCAAGACAACGUACGGAAGCUUCUCCAACGAGUCGUCUGUAUAAACAAUGGUUCGAUGCGGGACGAAGCAAUGGCCAUGCAGAGUUUAAAUGAAGAUGAUCCACAUGAUCCUCAAAGUUUGGAAGGUCAAGUCCAGGAAAUGAAGAAUGAUAUCCUGGGUUUAAACUAUCCAGAAGAUAGUGAAGUGAAGGAUCCCCUGCCUCAGAUCGAGCUGAAGGCUGUGACAAGGAGAAAAGUUAAGACCAAGAGGAGGACCAGUGCCAACAGGUCCACAGUUGAACAGAGCACUGAUACUGAUGCAGCUGAGAGAGAUUUUGUUGAGAAUCAGAAUGAUGAAGAUGUGGAAGAGGUGAAGAAGGAUCCCCUGCCUCAGAUGGAGCAGGAUGCCGUAAAGAGAAAUAAAGUCAAGACCAAGAGGACCAAGAGAAACAAAGCGGAGCAGAUCACUGAUACAGAUGCAGGUCCCUCUACAUCUGUGGAAUUCUCUGGGAUGGCAGUUCAGGGGACAUCUCACCAGGGACAAUCUAAUGAAAAGAUCCUAAGUGAAUGUGUCUCCAGGGCGUGUCAGACCAGGGCUCUUGACCUCCCGCCAAUCAAUCCGGAUGCUUUCAACCCGAUUAUCAUCCGGUUUCUGGAAAAACUUACUGAGGAGCAAUGGAGGCAGUUAAGCAUUGGCAGGAUGGACCCUGUGAUGAGGGCAUUGCUUGCGGAGAUGUGCCUGGAGAUUGUGCGGUUUGUAUCUGAGGCCAUCCUGGAGGUCAUCAUCCCUGCAAUUUUCCGUUUUGUACGGAUAUACAGCCAUGUGUCUCCAGUAUCCGUCAAGUCUCCGACAGAAUCAGAGAGAUCUUCUAGCACAAACCUGAAGGUUCGCAAGAGAGGCAGCAGCAAAUCCUCAAGGUCUCGCACGGCCAAAUCAAGCUCCUCUCGUAAUGGGUCUCAGACAGUGUCGCCAAAUACUCAGGGAGAUGGUGAGUCUAUAUCAUCUGAGCCACUCAGUGACUUUUUUGGGAUCACUGAGGACAGUCUCCUCACUAGUGUCCAGGAUUCCUUCAAAGAGUCGCUGAACAAUGUCCUCUGUAUCCAAAGAGAGGGCCAGGUAGACACUCAAAGUCUAUCCCGGGUUAUUGUUGGAGAAGUGUCAAAGAAGGUCAAUUCCAUAAUCUCUGUGGCCAUCCAAACUCCCAUCUCUGGGCGAAUAUCCCCUGUCUUUUUUGCCAGUGGUGGUGUCUCCAGCACCAAGGUGGUUGAGGAGAUGGUGUCUGGCGUUUCCAACAUACUUCAGAUGUACAUUAAUGGGAAGAGUGUUGAGCAGAGUGUUGUUCUCAGAGUGGAUGGUGUUGAGGUGGAUAUGACACAUUUAACAGGACAGGUCAUGACAGCCCUCAGUGGCACUGUUUUGAACUUCAGCAAUAAGGAGGAAAAUGAUCCCAACAAGAGGGAACUGCUUUGUGUUGUUGCUGACCAUAUGAAGAUGUUUGAAUCUUGUAAAAGUUCUGAGGAGAUGCUAAAACAAGGAGAGAGCAACCUCAAUAUCAAAGGUGCCAAAUCUAGUCUUUGUCUGUCAACACAAAGUAUGGACAGACUACUCACUGAGGAGUUUCAGACCAAGGCCACUGAAUCGAUCCGGGAGAUCGUUAAAAGAUUCAGGGGUUGUACAUCAUGUUGUUCUGGCACUACAUCAUCUAGUCCAACUCCUAGGAUAGGUGAGAUUGGAGACCUUAUGAUCGACCCUGAGGCCUCUGAGUUGGUAAGUACCUUUGUUUCAGACAUGGACAAUCUUACCCAGUCUAUCAGGUCAUCCUGCUCUCCUGCACAGAGUGAGCAGAUCCUUCUUGAAAACCAUCAGAGUAAGAUCUGGUCUUACACUGUUGGUUGUUGCUACGACAUGAAAAAUACACUGAAGAGGCUUCUUACCUGUCCAGAAAAAGGGGAUCUCUCAAGUACAUUUGUGGAGAGCACGAGAGAUUCUUUCACAAUGGUUCCAACUUUUUUGCCUGGACGUCGGUCAUUUCAGUAAUGGUGAGGCUGGCACAUCGGACUCCUUUUCUUGUAAACCACUUUUAAUAACCCCCCUCAUCCAUGAAUGAACAAAAAGGACAAAGUGAGACCCCAAAACCUUUCUUGGCUCUCAAAAAGUAUUUGCAAGACCAAGUCCUCCUUGACACCACAAAAGAGAUUGCCAGCCAGGUUCUAGUCUUGUAUAAGACUGAGGUGAUGGAGAAGUUCUCAUCUUCUGUUGGAGAGUGUGAUUCUGAAGAGUCUCUGGAGGCCAAUCUAUUUGUGGAUGGCAUCAUGUCUGACUUGAAUGAUUUCACCAGUUCUUGUUCCGCCUCACCAUCUGAGUUGUUAGACAGUGAACAAUGUCUCUCCGAUGUGAAGGUCAUCGAUGGUGUUACACCAAUACAUGACGAGACUCUCAAACAGGCUCCCAGUGAAAGUUUAGAUUCUCAGGUGACUUGUAAUAGUGAUUCUCUUGAAAUCCAAGCGGACCUUCAAACCUGUACCAAUGAGGUCAUUAGUCAGAUCCUCACUGUGUAUCACUCUGA